AUGUCAUUCUUCUCACCACACCUGUGCUGCCGCCUCCUGGACGGACGCGACUCCUUUGCAGCGACUGUACUAUAAGUGAACGGACAGCUUAUGAGCCCCACUCAAAGCGAGGAGAACCACACGCAAGGAGCGGGGAUGGCGAGGAUAUUACCGCUGCACCUCCGCGUCCUUCUCGUGGGGCUCUUUUUAUUAACAGACACCCGGACGGUCCGAGCGAACAGAGGGGCGGCAUCGCCUGACGAUGAGAGGGACAAAGAGAGCGACGCGGAGACGCCGUGUGAGGUGAAAACCGUUACCGUCUCUACCCUGCCCGUACUCCGGGAGAACGAGUUCAGCUUCACCGGCGGAGCCUCCGGGAACGUGGUCGGAGGAGGAGGAGGGGUGGCCGCCGCUGGAGCAGGUGGUGUUGGUGGAGGAGGAACUGGGGGAGGAACUGGAGGAGGAGGAGCAGGAGGAGGGGGGGAAUCCCGACUCCUGUUAUUCGUUAGGACCGACCUACCUGGGCGAAUUUCAGUAAUGGAUGAUCUUGACAACACAGCUCUCCCCUACUUCACACUCGAGAUGUCAGGUACAGCAGAAGAUAUUUCUCAGGUACACUGGAAGCAACAGUGGCUGGAAAAUGGGACACUGUACUUCCAUGUGUCCAUGACUGAGUCUGAGCUUCUAGCCCAAACUACACAACCCACAGCCCGGGAGCCUGCUCAUGUCCUACAUGAACACAUGCAUCUGCUGCACAUCUCAGUUAUGGGAGGCCUCAUCGCCCUCCUCCUCCUAAUUCUCCUCUUCACCCUCGUCCUGUAUACCCGCCACCGAUGGUGCAAGCGUCGCCGAAUCCCCCAGAAGAGUGCCAGUACCGAGGCCACCCAUGAGAUCCACUACAUUCCCUCAGUUCUGCUCGGACCCCAGGGCCGAGACAGCUACCGGGGGUCUCGGAGCACACAUCAGCACGGAAGCUCUGUCAUUGGUAUGCCCAUCCGCGAGACCCCAAUUCUUGAUGAUUACGACUGUGAUGAGGAGGACCCAGGCGGACACUCACUUAACUCCACGCCCAACCAGCUCCACAGCAAGAUGAACGAUGGGAAGGUCCAGGAGGACUAUGGAGUUAACAUCGGACACACAGACAUGAUGUGCAAGGACAAUGAAAUUAAGCACAAUUUUGAAAAACGAGCCAUUGACCCAAACACGGAGUCAGUAGAGGAUUUGAUGCAGAGGUUCCAGGACAGUUUCCGUGUUCCCAACACGGCGACAGACAUGUCUCACUACCAGCAUGUCAUGCACAGCUCAUCGACAGGCCGCCGGAGGGUCCCUAGCCACACCAGAGGCCACCCACACAGUCCUCUAAAUAAGGUCACCUUGACGUUGAUUACCAUCAGCACAUGUGUCAUUGCCAUUGUCUAUGCUACGCAGGAUUCCUGCCCUCUCACUGUCAAGGUUACGCUCCAUGUGCCUGAGCAUUUUGUCGCGGAUGGAAGUAGUUUUGUGGUGAGCAUGGGCAGCUUCCUGGAUGUUUCCAAUUGGCUGAACCCAGCCAAGCUAACCCUCUACUAUCAGACCAAUUCGUCCACACAGUGGAUCCGGGACUACUGCGGCCAGAGGGCCACUGAGCCCUGUGAGCAGAUUUGCGAUCAGGACACAGGAGAAUGCAGCUGUCAUGAGGGUUAUUCCCCCGAUCCUGUCCAUAAACACCUCUGCGUGCGCAGCGACUGGGGUCGAAACGAAGGUCCCUGGCCGUAUGCUAACUUGGAGAAAGGCUAUGACCUAGUUACAGGAGAGCAGGCCCCAGAGAGGAUCUUCAGAUCAUUCUACAGUCUGGGCCAAGGGUUGUGGCUGCCAGUCAGCAAGAGCUUUGUGGUGCCACCAGUGGAACUGUCAAUCAACCCCAUCGCCAGCUGUAAGACAGAUGUGUUGGUUACUGAAGAUCCAGGGGAGGUCAGGGAAGAGGCCAUGAUGUCCACUUACUUUGAGACAGUAGAGGACCUACUGGCAUCUUUUGGGCCUGUCCGUGACUGCUCCAAAGAUAAUGGCGGCUGCAAGAAGAAUUUCAAGUGUGUGUCUGACAGACAGUUAGAGUCAUCUGGCUGCAUGUGUCCUGAGGGGCUGAGGCCAAUGAAGGAUGGCUCAGGUUGCUAUGACUACUCCAGGGGCAUUGACUGCACGGAUGGCUUCAAUGGAGGCUGUGAACAGCUGUGUCUCCAGCAGCUUGUGCCCCUUGAAGAUGACCCCAGUUCCAGCAACGUGCUCAUGUUUUGCGGGUGUGUGCAGGAGUAUAAACUGGCAGGGGACGGACGCUCCUGCCUCCUGCAGUCAGACAACUGUGAAGGACCAAAAUGCCCAAGGCAGGACGUCCACUUCAAUGACACCCUGUUUGGUGAGAUGCUGCACGGAUUCAACAACAAAAGCCAGCAAGUCAACUUGGGACAGAUAUUCCAAAUGACCUUCCGGGACAACAACUUCAUUAAGGACUUUCCCCAGCUAGCCGAUGGCCUCAUGGUCAUCCCCUUACCAGUAGAGGAACAAUGUCGAGGGGUGUUGUCUGAGCCCCUUCCCAACCUGCAGCUUCUCACAGGAGAUGCUCAAUUCAGUGAGGCAGUGGGUUAUCCUAUGGUUCAACAGUGGAGAGUGCGUAGUAAUCUGUACAAAGUCAAACUUAGCUCCAUCACCUUAUCAACAGGCUUUUCUAAGGUUUUGAAGACACUGUCAGCAGAGAGCACACGCGAGGAGCUGCUGGCUUUUCUCCAGCAAUACGGCAGCCACUAUGUGUCUGAGGCCCUGUAUGGUUCCGAGCUCAGCUGCAGCAUCUACUUCCCCAGCAAGAAGGCCCAGCAGCAGCUCUGGCUGCAGUAUCAGAAAGAGGCAACAGACCAGGGGGUUGGCGGAGGCGGGCGGCGUGAGCUGAAGUCAGUUCCUUUCAUCAGCUACCUGUCAGCCCUGCAGAAGAGCCAGCUGUUGACUGACGACAUGGUGAAUGGCGUGGAGAUCCGCUGCGAAGAGAAGGGCAGCUGUCCAGCUGGCUGCCACCUGUGCCAUCACCAGGCCAUGAUGGGAGGAGUGUCAGGAAGAGGCCGCAAUGGUAACAGCAGGAGCGGAGAGCAACCGUCCCCCAUCCCUGUGCUGCUGGAAGUCAGCCGCGUGGUGCCCCUCUACAGCCUGGUCCAAGACAACGUCACCAAAGAGGCCUUCAAGAGUGCCACAAUGAGCUCAUACUGGUGUGCUGGAAAGGGCGAUGUCAUUGAUAACUGGUGUCGCUGUGACCUGAGUGCCUUCAGCAAAGAUGGCCUGCCUAACUGCAGCCCCCUCAGGCAGCCAAUUUUGCGCCUGGCCCCUUACCUGGAGCCCUCAAGCACAAUGGUGGCCCUGGAGUGGAUGGAUGUGGAGCCUCUAAUUGGCUGUAAAAUUUCUGACUACAUCAUCCAGCAUAAACGAGUGGAGGAUCCCUUGGAGGCAGAGGUCUACACAGGUGAGGUUCUGAGCUUGAUGGAUGAUCUGUUCUCUGGUUUGGGUUCAUCCUGUGUUGUUGCCGGGAGGAGAAGUGGAGACCAUCCUCACUCUGUGCUAUAUUCAGUGGUCUUCAAGUGCCUGGAACCUGACAGUCUCUACAAGUUUACUCUCUAUGCAGUGGAUAGUCGUGGCAGCCACUCUGAGUCAAGCUUUGUCUCAGUACGGACAUCUUGUCCAAUGGUGGAUGACAGCCGAGCUGAAGAGAUAGCAGACAAGGUGUACAACUUGUAUAAUGGCUACACCAGUGGCAAGGAGCAGCAGAUGGCCUACAACACACUGAUGGAGAUCCCUCCUCCGCUGCUCUAUAGGGUCCAGCACCACUACAAUUCCCACUAUGAGAAGUUUGGAGACUUUGUCUGGCGCAGUGAGGAUGAGCUGGGCCCCAGAAAAGCCAACCUGAUACUACAUAGGGUGGAAAAGAUUAGCCACUACUGCCGGUCCCUCCUGCGCAGCACCCAUAUCCAGAGCCGCACCGACACCAUGGCGUAUGUCUACUGCCGGAGUGAAGAGGGCCGACCUCCCAGUAACACGUGGCAUGGCUCUUUACAUGAAAGUCGCACCAUGUGCAUGGAAAAGCUCAUUUCUGUACAGCGUAACACAUACAGCAACACCAAACUCCGAUGAGACAGGAGUUUCAAGACGAACGGUGCGCUUUUUUUUUCUUGCAAAAUGACAUCAGUGAUUGAUGUACCUCGUCACCCACUCUGCAGCAGGUGUCUCUCAAGUGACUGAUUGAUUUUGGAAAAACCAGGAGAGCCUAAAAAACCUCAGAAUUCACUGGACAUUGUGUUGAAGCUACUGAAAAACAUAUUUUUGUGUGGCCUACUUUUAUUAUAA